GUUUCAUUUGUUUGGCAAAGUUCACAUUCCCAAAGUCCCUGGAAGCCAGCGUGCAUUGUUUUCACACACCAUACUUUACAAUCAUUAAUGACCACUGAGGUGUCUCUUCUCAUGGGCUGCUCAGCUCUGCUCCAGUGUUACAGACUAGGCAGCCCUCACAGCUUUGCAUACAAAAUCUCUCAGUUCAACUUUGAGCCAUGAGUGAAGUCUGAGGUUUAUCCACAGCCGAGUGCAUUUUCAAGGCAGAGCAGCUUCUCUGAAGCGGUGACAGGGUCUUUUAAAGUGCGAGCUGCCUGGGAAAGCUUAACCAGGAUUUCAACUGCAUCGCCUAAUUGGGAAGACAAACACCUCUGGUCUCAGAUCUGUUCCUCUGUGAAUGAUAAAGGUCAGCUGUAUUCAAGGAGUCUCUUCUUUUAAUGAAUGAUCUAUAUCAAUCCUAUGUGAUGAAUGCAUUCCAAUAGGGGGCGCCACUGCACUGCAUUUUGGUAAAGUCUCAGUCCGUAUAAAGGUUAUUGACUUCUGACAAAGUUAAUACUAAGAAAGUGAUCAUUGUAUUUCUACACAGUAAAACAGAUUUACAAUAGUGUAACCAGGGCCAUGGCCAGGGUUUAGAAAAUACAGAGGCCAGAAAAGGCCAUACAUUUUUUUAUUUGGAUUUCCAUAUUUCAGUUAUUCAAUUAUAUGUGCAGUUUAUUUCUCAACAUGAAGGGCUAAAUAUAAAGUGUUACUAAACUUAGUCUAAAAUAUACUGGAACCAUCCUUUCAAUUAUCCACCAAACCUGGUUAUUAAAACCCCAAAGUUUCAAAGUGUUACUAGGACAUGACGUCAGUGUCCUUUAUAUUAGCCAUGACCCUGAGUGUAAAACAGAGCACAGUUCAUUUUAUAUGCAUGUUUGACUUCUGAAGGUUGAAAAGAUUAACUACUAUUUAUGAUCUACAUGACAUUAUCCAAACUCAUGCAUGAAAGAACACACAUAAGAACUGAGUGCUUUUAUAAAACAUAAAUACCAUAAACAUGCACAUAUCUGGGAGUAAAUCUAUACAUCCACAUCAUACUUCAACUUUGUAUGACAACAUAAGAAAUCAAUGACAUUUUCUUGCUUUGACACAUUCAAAAUGUCCAUGACUUGGCUUUUCAUGCCUCUCCAAUGCAAACAGGCCCACGUGAAAUAAGGCACCCUUUAUAAAGGGUUUAUAAGUUUAACAGACUUAAUGAAUUGUUGCAAAAACUUUAUUAAUGUCUUGCUUACAUUUAUAACUGCAGACCUGACAGCUUAUUAGAAAGUGAGAACCCAAUGUUCACUGAGUGGAUUUGUGGCCAUUGUGUCACUGCUGCCAUCCACCAGUGAUUGAUGGGACUCAUCCCCCCUGCCCUGCCCGAGGACCCUCUCCAAUAAUAAGUCGUGUACUGUUCUGUCUUGCGCCGCUUCUCCAUGACCCUCACGCUGAGAUGAUGUAUAGUGCGUAGCCUAUUCCUAUGCCAUUUAUGUGCAGCGUAUAGGAGCUCAAAGCCUUCCACACGCCUUGCGCACGACAUGAUCCUAUUGGAUGAGGAGGGCAGGGGAUAGAGAGAGAGAGAGAGAGAGCAGUCUUCACCAGCUCCUGUCUCUCCAACGGCCGACACACAAUGCUCGUUAAUAGGCUCCAGAUGCCUUUACAGAAAACGCACGUCUGCAGGCUGUGUGGAUUGCCUCUUCUCUUUUGAAUCACAUACAUGCAAAUCUAUCCCUCUGUCAUCGACAAACGAAGAAGAUUAUGGGAUUGUACGCAAUUUCAGAACACGUGGGAAGCUUAUUUGCUAGGCUGGCGGCUGUGCGCCCGUCCUCCCUGUGAUGGAGGAGCGCGGUGGUGGUGCAUCGGUGGAAAUGAGUGAGAGGUGCAGAGGAGAUAAUCAAUGAAGACACCGAGGGCUCCUGUGCGUUUGGACAAGGUCAGAGUCUAGCCUGGAUGAGAUUAUGUCCAUGUGGAGACAACAAGGACGGACUUUUACGCUUCCUCUCGGGGGACGAGUUCACCUGGGGAUGUCCCCUGAAAACCAAGAGUUUCUCUCUCUGUGUUGGAUUGCAGAGGCAGCGAAAAUCCCUCCAUCUGAAUGAUCAUGGUUGAGCUUUGUUUUUGACAACCUCCGAGCUGCAUGGCUCCUGUCUUCUCACCCUCAGCCUGGAGAUAAAGUUUCUUCGCUCUGCUCGACGGCUGGAUGAUUCGUUCGGCCAUUGGUUCGUUUAAUUGCACGCAGUUGAGCCCGGUUAGGGUGAUUUAGAGGCGGCUGGUUAAAGGGGCAGCGGUGGAUUGAAUUCCAUCAGAGCAGCAACCAAACAGCGGCGGCCAGCUGUGUCUCUGGACGGUCACAUCUGUCGUUGUUGUCGUCGCUGUCCAUGGUGCUGAACUCGUGCUCCAGGAAUGGUGGAGACGCUGAGUAUCGCAGUCAUCGGUGCUCCCGGAGUGGGGAAAACUUCUAUAAUCCGCCAGUUCAUCUAUAACGAUUUCUCGGAGGUGUACACGCCGACCAGGACCAGAUAUGUGUACAGACCCUCCGUCAUACUGAACGGCAUCAUGUAUGAGCUGAAGAUUUUGGACGUCCCGCCAAUCUCCUCCUUUCCAUCAAGCUCCAGUCAGGAGUGGCUGGAUUUGCGCUGCAGAGGCGUUCGCAAUGCCAACGCCUACAUCCUGGUGUACGACAUCUGCUGCGUGGAGAGCUUUGAAUACGUCAAGAUGAUCAGACAGCAGAUAGUGGAGCACAGGGAAGGCAGCAGCAGCGAGGUGCCAAUCCUGGUGGUGGGCAACAAGAGAGAUCUGCAGCGGCAGCGCUUCAUGCCUCGCAGGGCGGUGUCAGUCCUGGUGAAGAAGACCUGGAAGUGCGGCUAUGUGGAGUGCUCUGCCAAGUUUAACUGGCACGUAGUCCUGCUCUUCAAAGAGCUGCUGGGCAUCGCUGUGGCACGGGGCAUGCGCCAGAACCACACCUCCAUCCGUCUGCAGGGGGCGCUACAGAGGAAUCAUUGCACCAUCAUGUGACCCUGAGAGCUCCCUCCACCCCUCAAGAGUGGAGCGGCAGUGGAGAAAUGGACUUUUUAUCUAAAUGGCUGGAAAAAUACCCUGUGGCCUCCUGCUUUACUGAGCUGAUUUUUCAUAAUGAGGUUUAUUAGACGCUUGCGCUGUAAAAGACACUAAAAUUUCACACAUGGUCAUCCAACCACUUCCUAGUCAAAUUCUGCCAAAUGUGUAGAUGCAGGGAAGGGGGUAGAAGAAGAGGAAGCAGGGGAAAACCAAUACGACUAGCAUAAGCACAGUUCUUUUUCUUCACAUCAACUAGACAGUUACAUAUUUGAGGCUGUGCGUCCCAUUUUACACAGCAGCAUGUGUUAUUGAGGGUUGUCUUGUGGCUGUAGCUAGGCCUGACAGGAUGGAAGCUGUGUUUGUGAGACUCAAAACGGAGAGGCAGCAAUAUCAUCGAGUCUUCCUUUUGAAUUUGUCAUAUUCAGUAAGGUCAACAGCAGACACUCAUACCAGACAUAUUUGGAUUUCUUUGAGGGUGUGCGAUUAAUGGUCACUUCAUUUCUGGGGAGAUUAUCUCGUAACAGAGAUAAUACAGAUACGAUUAGAUGGUGUUUCAUUUUCAGUUCUGAGAAGUAGCCUGCAUUUUUUUCCUUUCCCUGUCCCUGUUUCAAACUUGGCCUAUGGUAAAAGCUUUUUGUUCAGACGAAGGGUGUUUAAAGGUUGUCUUGCAGCAGAAAAUACUGCAGUCCCUAUCAUGAUGUACUGUAGGGCUUUAAUCUGCUCCCUCCCCUCACUCAGUGUCUGUUUCUGAUGAAUACAUUAAAUCAAGGGAACUGGGGACCUGCAGGAGGCUGCAGAGUCUGAAAGGAGAACCUGUGCAUGCAGUGUGGAUGUUUGUGUGUGUGUGUGUGUGUGUGUGUGUGUGCGUGAGAGAGAGAGAGAGAGAGAGAGAGAGAGAGAGAGAGAGAGAGGGAGAGGUAGACAGAGAGAGGCAGGUUUGAUAGCUGACAUUCAGGCAAGCAAAGGACAGACACAGCAAGAUAAGAGACAGAUGUUGAAGCUUUGGAUUAGGAGGGAGCAAUACAAUCCCACAGGGAUGUCCUGACUAUAUAUGGCCCAUCGUAUUAUAUUUAAAAUGCCUCACAUACAAUAGAAAUGAGGAGCUCAAUGACUUCCACAAAACACCCCAUGAAUGCAUCACAGACACACAGGGAACCUUAAUAAAGCUUUCAUAUCAGUAUCUGAAUAGUAUCUAAUUGGUAAUGUUGUGAGAUUAACAGUUGCUUUUUCAUUUGAUUAGGCCUAUAGGUAGUUUGUGAAUAUGGCUGCACUGAAAGUAAGCAGACCUAUUGUAUAUAAGAGUGAUGAUUCAUAGAGUAAUUGACUUGCAUGCUUUUGUUGGUAGAGCCAACGGGUCAGGGGUUUAAUUGCACUGAUGUGAAAAUUUGAUAUUGUGUUUAAUUUUUGUAAUACACGGUUUUCUGACACUGUAAUGAGCAGCUGAGUGGAGUGAAUGUCAUCGUUUUUCACUGGCAUGUGAGAGCACAAGCUCGCGAUUCUCUCCAAGAUGUUGUGUUGAACCCUUCAAUCAGGGCAGAUGGCUGUGUGUUUUGUGUGUGUGUGUUUUUCUAGUAAAAAAAAGAAAUAUGUAGCAGAGAUACACUAGAAAGCAACUGUGUGUAGCAUGAGUUCUCAUCGGUUUGUCUGCUGCACGUUUCCAAAUAAAAAGGGC